AUGAUGGAGGAAAGUUGCUCAAGAUGUGAUCGAUGUACGGAUAGCCCUGAAAAUGUUCAUGAAUAUGAGGAACAUCGCGUAAUCGGAAAGGGUGCUUAUGGUGUCGUUUAUUUAGUUACUCAUAUACCGAGUAAUAUACAGGCAAAAGAUGGUAUACCACAAAGCAUUAUACGUGAAAUCUCGGCAUUGCGAGCGCUACAUAGUUUGGAUCAUCCAAACAUUGUGAAAUUGCACGAUGUGUUUCAUGGUCAAAUUGAUAAGGGUGAAAUGUGUUUGAGUGUUGUUUAUGAAAAGUGUGACUGGGAUUUAUACGAAUUUCUGCGCACAAUUCCUCGUGACAUGGGUGAUCAUCAAUGUCGUCAUAUUGCAAAGCAGAUUUUGAUGGGAUUGGAUUUUUUGCAUUCAAAUCAUGUUAUACAUCGAGACCUGAAACCUCAAAACAUACUGAUCAAUCGUGAUCAAACAAUCAAAAUUGCUGAUUUCGGUUUAGCUCGCUAUUAUUCAAUGCAGUCAUCUUUCACAACACUGGUUGUGACCUUGUGGUACCGAAGUCCGGAAGUACUACUCCAGUGCUCCUAUAACUGUGGUGUAGAUAUCUGGGCUGCCGGCUGCAUCAUUGCAGAAUUGUAUUCGCGUCAACCACUUUUUCCAGCACAUAGUGAAGCACAACAAUUGAGUAUUAUAUUCCAAAAACUUGGAACUCCAUCUUCCAGUGAAUGGCCUCAAAAUGCAGUGAUUGAACGUUCAUUCUAUCCAUCGUAUCCUGGUCAACCAAUGCGUCGCAUUGCACCGAAACUUCCACCAGAUGCUGCAAAACUAGUAAAAAAUAUGUUAGCUUUCUUGCCCGAAACAAGACCUUCAUGUGCAGAAGCAUUAUGUGCUGAGUAUUUUCGCCACAAACAUGGUGUAGUUGUCUAA